AGCCAAAGGCGAGCGGUUGUCUCACGGCUUUUGUUGAGCUCGGCUCGUCGACUACAACAACAACAACAACAAUAAUAAUAACGAUAAACAAGACAACAAUAAGAAUAAAGCGCGUGUGAACUAGAAGAAGAAGAAGAAGAAGCAGCAGUUGCUGCAUUUCAAUUUUGCCAAUUGCAAACGAUUCAAUUCGAGAAAUUGUUGCUACUCUAUUUUUUUUUGUUUUACUGGUCUUUCGUUUCGGUUUUUUUAAUUUUUUGUGCCGUCGGCAAACAACCAGCCAAAAAAACAAAAACAGUGCAGUGAGUGUGUGUGAGUGAAAGAGAGAGAGAGAGAGAGAGAGAGAGAGAGAGCGGGAGAGAUCUUCAAAGCAUUUGGGCAACCACAUGACCACAAUGCCACCGGAAAUGUCCACAACUACGGCCGCCGUUGGGGACACUCCGGGCAGCUUGACGCCAUCGCCAACGGCGACGCAGGCGCCGCGCUCCCGCUUCAUGAUCACCGACAUUUUGGCCGGCAGCGCUGCCGCCGCCGCCGCUGCUGCUGCCGCUGCCGCUGCGAUGGCCGCUGCGGCUUCGGCUGGACGUCAAUCCGCCAGUCCGCCCGAGGAUUGUUAUGCGCCUUCGCCCACGUCUCGUGAUCCUCCAUCACAGCAUCCACAACAACAACAACAACAGCAGCAGCAACAGCAACAACAGGCACAACAACAACAAGCGGCACUUCAACAUUAUUUGGCACAGCAACAACAACUGCUUCGCUUUGAGCGUGAGCGAGAAAGAGAACGCGAGCGAGAGCGAGAGCGUGAAUAUCAUCAUGUGGCGCCGUUGUUGGCGCACUUUCCGCCUGCCAGCCAUUACGCCGUGUUGCAGCAGCAACAACAGCAACAACAACAACAGCAACAACAACAUCCACAUCAUCUGCAACUUGAACGGGAACGCAUCGAGGCGCUGCAUCGACAUGGCGGCAACGUGCCACUUGCUGCUGCUGCCGCCGCUGCUGCUGCGGCUGCCGCUGCUGCGGCUGCUGCUGGCCACAUGGAGGGGCACGAUGAUCGAUCGCGUUCUCCCCUCGUUCUCCACUCCAUGGGCAAUAGCAACAACAACAACAAUCUGAGUGGCAGCAACAACAACAACAAUAAUGGUAGCAACAACAACAACAAUGGCAGUGCUGGGGGCAUGCUACUUGGGGGCACGGGCAGCAGCAUCAGCGGCGAUCAGGCGAGCACCAUCGAUGACAGCGACAGCGACGAUUGCGGCGGGAAGGACGACGAUGGCGAGGAUAGUUUGAAGAAUGGCAAUGGCGCCAAUGGGGAUUCGCAUUUGGGUUUGUCGCUGAGCAAGAAGCAGCGCAAGGCGCGCACCGCCUUCACCGAUCAUCAGCUGCAGACGCUGGAGAAAUCCUUUGAGCGGCAGAAAUAUUUGAGCGUUCAGGAUCGCAUGGAGUUGGCCAACAAGCUGGAGCUGAGCGAUUGCCAGGUGAAGACGUGGUAUCAGAAUCGCAGAACCAAAUGGAAGCGCCAGACAGCCGUGGGAUUGGAGCUGCUCGCCGAGGCGGGCAACUAUGCGGCGUUUCAACGUUUGUACGGCGGUGCCACGCCCUAUUUGAGCGCCUGGCCAUAUGCGGCAGCCGCUGCCGCCCAGACACCACACGGAGCGCCUCCCUCGGCCAUUGAUAUCUACUAUCGGCAGGCGGCAGCGGCGGCUGCGCUGCAGAAGCCUGCGCUGCCCGCCAGCUACAUGUAUCCCAGUCGGAUGCCACCGGGCAUGGGUCUGCCCGGCAUGCCGCCUCCUCCGGGUGCCACGCCCAUGCUGGGCGGCUACUAUGCGCCGGCGUUGGCGCCACAGCAACAGCAACCGCAGCGCGAACGUUCGCCCGCAACCAGCCAGAGCGCCAACAGCGAGGCGGAAUACGAACGCAGCAGCAGCAGCCGACAGCGUCUGCAGACGCCGAGCCCGCCUCUGAAUCCGGGCAGUCCGCCACCUCGCAGAGAACAGACAGCGGAGGAGACGGCGCCAACAAAAACACCAACAACAUCAUCAGCGGGUGCUGGGGAGCAGGAGGAACGCGGCGAAUUGGGUUCGUUGCCUGCGGUCGAUGUGGACGAGGAUGAGGAUGACGAGGAGCUGGCGCUGGACGUCUAAGGCGAGCCAGGCAUGCGAGCUGGAUCUCAGACACAGGCGGUGGAGAGGGCAGAGCGGGGGUAAAUGUGGGGAUAGGGUCUGGGGGAGUGGCAAGAGACAAGUGAA